CCUAUGGCCCUAAAAUCUCAAAUCGCAGCAACAAAUUGAUCACUAGUUCAUUUUCGAUAAGCUUCUCGUUCUAUAUCCAUGGCUUCGCCAUUUCUACUCCCCGCUGUUCUUGCUUUGGCUUUUGCACAAGCUCUUGCUUAUGAUCCUACCCCCCUCCAGGACUUUUGCGUCGCGGAUUUGAAAUCCAAUAUUUUCAUCAAUGGGUAUCCGUGCAAAAAUCCGAAGACGGUGACGGUGGAGGACUUCUCCUUCUCCGGCCUGAACAUCCCCGGAAACACGAAAAACAAGUUCGGGUUCAAUGUGACGAUCGCCAACGUCAUGACGCUCCCGGGGCUCAACACUCUCGGCGUCUCCAUCGCGCGCAUCGACUACGCCCCACACGGCGUCGUCCCCCCCCACACCCACCCCCGUGGCACAGAGUUCCUCACCGUCAUCGAGGGAACCCUCAUCGCCGGCUUCGUUACCUCUAAUCCUAACAACACGCUCUACCAACAGAUCCUCCAUCCCGGUGACGUUACCGUGUUCCCCAUUGGCAUGAUCCACUUUCAGUUGAACAUCGGCAAAGGCCCUGCAGUCGCCAUUGUAGGGCUCAACAGCCAGAACCCAGGGUUCAUUUUCAUCGGGGAUGCUGUAUUCGGGUCGAAGCCGCCGAUCCCUGUGCAGGUGCUGGAGAAGUCGUUCCAGGUCGGGCCCAACGUGAUCCAGGAGCUCCUGGCGCAGUUCAAGUAGAAAUGAGAUUCUGAGACCUUAAUAUAUAUGAGGUCUCUGAUUGAUGUUCUUACGUUGUUGGAUUUGUGUACUGUGGUUGUUUCGACCUUUGAAUAAAGGUAGCAGGUAUAUAUAUGUAGUAACUGCUACACUUUGCAACCACUGCUCUGGUUUCGUUAUGACUGUGAAAGAUGUAUUUGCUUUUGAAUAAAAUUGUUGAUGAUGUGAUCCUUGAAUAAGAUGUAUAUUCCUUAA